GGGAUCGAAAGCUCAACGAAGCUUGACACGCUAUCACAAACCGAGUCCUUCGCCUCAAUAACCCAUCAGGAUACCAAUCAAACAAUUUCGGAAGGCGAGGUAUAUACAGACGGAAACACAGUUAUGAUCGAUAAAGGAAGUUCAAGUGAAAGCAAGACAGGGUGCGGAGUUACGACCCGUCGCGUUGAAAGAUGUUGUAGCUGCCAAAAAUGUUUUGGACCGGGCCAUAAUCCCACUGUACUGGCGUGCGGUCACACUGUUGGAAGCUCCUGCCUGGCAGAUUCUAAAGAGAACAGUGACGGUUCGUGUCCUCGAUGUAAGUACUUCAGGCCUUCGGUCAGCGCAACGGCUGCCGCGUCCACAUCCCACGCCGCCGAACAGGAACUGCGUCCCCUCUUCCAGGAUGUAAAAGGCAUCAUUCCUUCGACUCAUCCCGUGGAGUGGGGCGGGGAUUACAACGUAAUGCUUCAUCCAAGUGCCUACGAGGCCGAAGUCGAAAGAGCCAAGGCGCUCAGCCAGCAGGAUUUGAUGGCACCCCAUCCUUUCCACCACGAGCCUCUCUGGGAAGAGAUGCAAGAUGCCACCCUGGAGGUGUGGAUCAUAUAUCUCCCUGACCACGUCCUCCGGUGGCCGGGACUGGCUCUCUACCUUCGCAUGAGCAACUGGGACAAUCUUUUCAGUCGCUUUUGCGCGUUAGUGAACCGGGUACGCGGUGCUGGCUUUGAUUCUAGGGUACAACCGAUCGUGGAACCCCUUCCAUGUAUGAUGAAGGUUGAAGCUGCCAUACAAGAGUUUCAGCCCAGGUAUACGCUGGCUGAGCACAGGAAAUGGGCAUCCACCAUCUCUCUGGGGUUUGUACAAGAGCAUGUAUUCCAGAGGCCAAGGGAGCUCGACCAGCUCCAGGCCCAGCAUGGUCGACGCAAAAUGGCUUGGCUUCAAGAGGUAUGUAAACAGAUCAAGGUGCCCAUGUUCCUGGAGCGACCUUUCACCCGCCGGCUUGCUCAGAGAGGAUGGUUUUCGAAUGCACUCCCUAUAGCAAUUCCUCCCUCUCCGUCAAAGCCGGUAAUGGAGCGCUCUGAGGCGCGGCACGUUGCUUUUGAGUUCGAAAUGUCGGAUGCAGACAACGACAUUGGCGGUGUCGACCGUUACCACGGCCACAGCAUCAACCAACCGCAUUACGAGAACAUCCAAACGAGCACGAUGUACAAUACGAAUGUGCACACGUCGCAGGACGAUAUUGGACUCAAUCCGACGCAUACUACUCAUUCUACAGCCGUAAGGCCGUCUUAUUGGGCCCAAGCAGCCCAACUACCUCUUGUAGCUCGACCAUGCCGUUUUGGCACCAAAUGCCACAAUCCCGAUUGCAAGUUCAAUCAUGACGUUGGGUCCCCAAUGUCAAUGGACAUUGAGAUUUCGAGGACGGAUCCACCCCUUAGAAUAAACCGACCCUGCCGCUAUUCAUCUGACUGCAAACGCCCCGAUUGCCCCUUCAUUCACGAUAUCGAGCUCAUAUCUCCCCAGCGGAUGGACCUUUCCGGAGGCACUGACAGUGCCACCACGGGCCCGCACAGAGGACGUUCUAGAAGCCCGACGCCAGAACCAUCGAAAAGAGUCCAAGACUGUCGUUUUGGAUCCAACUGCAGAAACCAGGAAACCUGCCUGUUUUCCCAUGGAAGGGCAAACGAUCCGAAUAGCCAGCGCCAGCGCCAAUCUGGUAAUCAGCACCAGUCUGGCAACAAACUGCAGCAAGUUUGCAAGUUUAACGAGACGUGCCUCAGGCCGGAUUGCAACUUUGCCCACAGCGGUCCGGCCUCAGGCCCUGAUACUCAAUUACGGGUAGAGCACGCGUGUAAGUUCGGACGAAGAUGCACAAACAACAAAUGUGAGAAAAGCCACCCUUCCCCUGCGGCACAGACGGGAAUAGAUAUCGGAAAUGAUGCUGCUAAGCAAAAGCAGGAGCGUGACAAUGGAGAGGGAAGCGCUAACGGGCAAAGUGGCAGGAUUGGAGAUGGAAACAAGGGUGGAAACAGAGGCGGAAACAAAGUUUCAAAGGGACGCUGGAACAAAGAUGCUGCUCUCAAAAAGCAGCCCCGCAGACGUGAUGGCAGCCGCAGCCGGGGUUCUCAAAAACAGGAACAGGGAAAUAAGGAUGGCAAUGCGCCUAAUCAGGCGGUAGGAUUCUCUAACAUGAACGAGGAGUUAUAGUAAUUCAGAAAGCCAGCAAUACACAUAAUCGGCGUAUAGUACUUAAUCUACUUCUUCAAC